CGUUACACAUCGCCCUUUAAUGGCGUCUAAAGAACAUGGCGUUUGACGUCCCGUGCAAGUGUUUUUAGCCACAUAAUAAUCGUACUAGUCGCGUAUUUUUCAUAAACAUUUGACUGGGGAUAAGAUCUCGAUGUGUGGUUUGAAUUCUUUACGCACCGUUGGUUGCGUGUUACGUUAGGAUUUAAUUAUAGCGUUAUCUGCUGUGCCAAAGGCACCAGAAGUGAUGAACAAGAAGUACAACACUGCAGCCCAAAGACUUCGUCAAGACUAUCUGAGACUCGUGAGGGAUCCUGUUCCAUAUAUCAUAGCACAUCCACUGCCUUCCAACAUCCUUGAAUGGCAUUACGUCGUACGAGGUCCCGAAGGAACGCCAUACGAGGAUGGCUUGUACCACGGGAAGUUGAUGUUUCCAGGGGAGUUUCCGUUCAAGCCGCCUAGCAUUUUCAUGAUCACGCCGAGCGGAAGGUUCAAAUGCAACACUCGUCUCUGCUUGAGUAUAUCAGACUUCCACCCGGACAGUUGGAAUCCUGCCUGGUCUGUGGCAACCAUCUUGACUGGCCUGCUUAGUUUCAUGGUCGAAAAGAAUCCGACACUUGGUAGCAUUGAUACAACCGACAGAGAAAAGCGACAACUGGCAAAGGAAAGCCUCGAGUUCAACCUGAAAGACCAGGUCUUCUGCGAACUAUUUCCAGACCUCGUAGAGGACAUAAAAGAGCAGCUUUCAAGACGCAAGGCAGUCGAAGCGGAAGCGCAAAGUGUUCUCCUGGCCGAGCGAAGCCACAGUGGUCCCAGCAUGGCGGAACAAGGCUACGGCCUCUUGGGAAGUACACUGACCAACAUGUUUGUUAUCGUGGGCUUUGCUGCCUUCGCGUACACGGUCAAGUACGUGUUGACCUUCAGUGCAAAGUGACAAGGGGCGAAACUGUUGUUGGCACCUUCUGACCCUGUGCAAGUGCAACCUCGCUCGGAGUGUCCAUUAAGAAGCUACGUAUCUAUUAUGGGUGUCAGAGUGUCUAACAGGGAUGCGUGGAAGACCCUGUUGUUGUUGAUGGUGGAGAAGUUACCCCCUGGUGGAUCAUGAAAAGCACUAACUUGUUUCAGACAGAGAGUGCCUCUAUAUCGCCUGUGCGUUCUACGUGUACCACUGUACGCAUCGCUUUGUCUGCACAAUCUUCCUCGAUGACGAAGGGUGUCAUAUUUUAAUGUAAGGAUUCGAGUUCUGUAUAUAAGAGAAAGUGUAGGAGUCCUGCCUUUUGUCUCUCCCUUGUUUUUGUCUCGGAUAAAAAAAAAAGGAAAACACGGCACAUUUGCAGUGUACCUCUGCGAUGCAUACUAUCCCGAAUUGCCUUUGAAUGUGGGUUUCUUUUUGCACCGCUGUACAGAAUCGGUGUCUAUUACAGAGUGCAACAAAGCGAAAUAAAUACAAAUAUUUCGUA